UAGAAAGGGGCGAGUUACUACGCAUUCUUACAUUUGAAAAUGAUUAAUAAAUUUUAUCUCGAUCUAACUUCAAUGAAAAUUUAAGUUGUAUAGCCGAUAUAGAGGAUGGAAUUAGCAUAUAAAAAACAAAUAAGGUUUGCAGAAUCAUUAAAAAAUACAGUUUCUUCUUUUGAUAAUCAAGUUGCUAUACCAUCUCCUGAGAAUGCACGCUCAAUUUCGUUAUGGCAAAUUGAUGAUUACAGUGGUGAAUGUGUUGAGUCUUCUGUUAUUAAUAAGCUUACUAAUGGACACCCUGAAAGUAUUGAUUUAGUAUGUUUUGGAAAUGCUUCCCUAACAUUGGCAUCAGCUUGUCGAUCAGCUAUCAAUGUUUGGUAUUGUGAUAGUGUCCCAGAUUUCAAAAAAUUAGCUCCCCAGAAUUUGAUAAAAGAGUUAGGAAGAGUUAACUUUAUGUCAUUUUCUCCAGAUGAUCUUAUGCUUUCAAUAUGUACCAAUACUGAUAUAUGGGUUAUUGAAAUAAAGUUUCCAAAACAUGUGACGACCUUUGCUCACAAUAGUAUAGUGGAGGCAGCUGAUUUUUGUAAACAAGAUUCAAAUUUGUUAAUAACAAUCUCUAAAGAUGGAACAUAUGCGAUAUGGAAUUUAUUGGAAAAGUGUCAAGUUAUCCAGUCAUCAGUUAUUUGUGUAACUGGGCUGAUCUCAUUAGCUAUGCAUCCAUUUGAGCAGUUUUUUUCUGUUGGUUCAGUUGAUGGAAUAUUGCAUGUAUUUGAUGCUUCAAACUCAAAAGUCCUUCACAAGCUUGAUUUUGAAGCACUGAUGUCAAAAGAAAAUAACUCUAUGUCAAGAGGGGGAUAUUCCAUUCUUUCUCUCAAGUAUUUGUACAAACGAGCAACAUUAAGCAUUGAAAAAACUCAUGUUCAGAAAGCACUUGAAGAAGAGUUGUAUUUAGUUGCAGGUUGCUCAACGUGUAUUUUAGUAUUCAAUGCAAGCUCUAUGACAAAGUUGGCUUCGAUCAGUUUUGAAGAAACUGAUGAUCUUUAUGUUGCAUCAUGUUAUGCUGUUUCAACAUACAAAGAUCAUGUCAAUAUUUUUGUUUUGGGAUGUUUUUCAAAAUGUGUUCAUGUUUUUGAGGCUUCAAAGACAUCAAGUCAAAUAACAGAAAAACUUUCUGUUCUUUCUUUAGACACGCUAGCAGAAAAAUCGCCAUUGAAAUCAGAGUAUCUUCAAAAGAAACUAAAUGCCCCUAAACCAGAUUUAGUUCAGAGACCAGGUUCAAAAGUUCGAAGACCAGAUUCUCAAAAGCUUUUGAUAAAUAAGCCUAAAAUGCAUCAUCCUGUUGUCUUCAAUAAACAAAUAAAGUCUUCUGGAUAUUCUAAAGAUAAACCAAGAACUAUGUUCCAACCGCAAGUCAAGAAACCAAAAGCUAAAGUUGAUUUUUCUAAUAAAGUUGGUCCAUGGGGAAUGAAGAAUGAGUCGAAAAAUUUGCAAAAAAGCUACCCCUUGGAUUGUGAUCCUCCAACAACAUUUUUAAAUGAUUUGCAGCUAGUGGAGGGAGCAUCACCUAUUAAUGAUGUAUGCUUCUCAGAUUCUGGAAAAUCAAUUGCUUGUGCAUUGGGAGAUAAAAAUGCUGUGUUGUUAAAACUCCCUGCAAUGAAAAAUGAAAAACCUUUUAUAGGUCAUGACAAAGCAGUGAAUUCAGUUUGUAUAAAUCAUGCAAAUAACCUUAUAAUGACAUCAUCUGCUGAUCAAACUGUUAAGUUAUGGUUUCCUGGUCAUUCUGAGCCGAUCCUAAAUAUAUCACACUACAAAAAUAGUUUAAGUGAAGAAAAAGUAUCUUAUGAUCCAAAUAAUCAGCCAUUUUGCAAAGGGAUUGGUGGAGCUAUUUUUUACUUUAAUGAUAAGUUCAUUCUACUUUCCCAUGGAAAUUCAUUGUGUUUAUAUAAAUAUAAUAUUGAUUCUUUAAAGGAUGAUUUAAAAAGAUAUUUGAAUAAUAAUCGGUAUAAACUUGUACAUGACUUUAAUAUGGGAGAUGUCCAAAUCAUAUCCUCAUUCUCUGCAAUGAAUUCUUUUUAUUCAUAUCUGGUUUUAGCUAGCUGUUCUAAUCGAGAUAUAUUUGUUUAUGAUAUGAAUGUUCGUCAAAUCAGACAGACAAUCAAAGAUGCGCAUACAAGAUUAAUUCAUUCUUUGAAGCAGAACCAGGGUUCAGUUGCUGUUACACAAGCAUCAGAGGCUUAUGAUUUAUUUGUAACAGCAGCUUCUACUGAUGGAGUAAAACUAUGGGAUUUGAGACUCAGUAGAUGUGUGAGGAAAUUUGAAGGUCAUAUAAAUAGAUCUCAAAAGAUUGGUUUGUCAUUCAGUCCAUGCUCUAAAUAUAUUGCUGUUGGUUCAGAAGAUCGCUCAGUAUAUAUUUAUGAUAUUCGAAGCAGCUCUUAUUUACAUCGACUUGGUGGUCAUUCUGAUGUUGUUACAGCUAUUGCCUUUCAUCCUGUGAAUCCAAUGAUUGCUUGUGGAUCUCGAAGCGGACAACUUCGCUUUUACAUCAAUGAGUUGUUUAUGAGUCAAAAAGAAUAAAAAAAUUAAAAUAUACAGCUGAAUCAUUUAAGAACUAAAAAGUCAAUUGAGUAUUUUUUUACGUCAAAAUCACUUUACAAGCCAACCAGGUGAUUAUUUAUGGAAUAUUUAAAUCAUAAUAUUUUUAAUAAAAUUUGUAAAUAAAUUGGUUUUAUCAUACUCUGUAAAAAUAAUUUGUAAUUUAUUUAAAAGAAAUUUAUGCGAAUCAUCAUUUUAGCUCAUUUAU